GUAGACAGCAUGUCAAAGCAAAAUAUGAUGGAUCACAUGAAAAAAAGGAGGUAAUGUGGGCUGAUGACUAGUUUUAUGCCAGGUUCAUUACCUUGCAUUAUCAUGUGCAUUACCUUUUCUUAGGAAUGCGAGUUGCUUUAUUCUUCCCUGUCAUCAUGUUAUUAUUUUAGUAGACGAGAGUGCAAGAACAUCUUGUCUCUCUAGGAUAAAUCCAUUCAAAGUAUUCUGUCCGAACGGUCUGAAAGGAAGGGUGCUCAGGUCCUGCAGCAGCUGAGCCCAAUGGACACAUGUUUGUUUUAUCCGUCUCUAAACUCAGUUCUUUUGUAAAGGAAGGAAGACCUCAGUCCAGUAUUCCAGUACCAACAAAAUGUCACAUGCCAAAUAACUAAAUGACUUCAGACCAGUGGCUCUGACCCUUAUUCAUGCAUGGAGAGGGUCGAGUACAAUCAAUUAGCCAAUGCUAUUGAUAAUCAACUAAAUCCUUAGCAGUUUGCGUACAAAGCAAAAAGAGUGGAUUAUGCCUGCUUGACUUUCUAUAAUCAGGUAACAAGUAUUCUGGACAGCACUGGUACAUAAGCUCGUAUUCUAGUAACGAUUUUUUUUUUUUUUUUUUUUGUCCAUGUACAAUUCACCCAUACAUGCUAUUACGGUGUCUCAUAGCACUAAAUGUUAACACAAUCCUAGUGCUCCGUAUGAGGUAUAGUUUCUCCGGGACAGACCACGAAAGAACACUUGCAAAGUUUUAGGUGCAAAAUAACCUUCCAAGAAAACACCAACAUCGUUUCCACGAAACCACAUCAGCGCCUAUUCCUGCUGAGGCAUAUGAGUUUAGGUGUCAGUAGCCCGUGCUUGAAGUAGUAUAUAUGAUCGAAAGCAAUUUAACUAGGAUUCAUCCAGUCUGUGUGGUUAGGAAUUCUCCAUCAAAGGACAAACACUUCUCUGUGUAGGCUUUGUGUGUACUGACUCGAUCAUGUCUGACCUUUAACCUACAUCAUGGUGGCUACUUUCGCUUUUAUCCUGUGCGCGCGCAUUUUUCGGCCCCAUGGCGGAUGUCCAGGCAACUUUUAAAGCGAGAACAGUGCAGAGUGUUCUUCAGCUUCACUUUAAAGAUGAAAAAACGAAGGUUAAUGGUGAUGCUCUUGUUCUUACAGCUGAGUUACUGAGAGUUUUCACAUCAGCUGCUGAAAGAGCUGCAAUGCAAGCUAAGAAGGAAGGUUCAAAGCUGGUGACAGUUGAGCAUGUAGAGAAAGUUCUCCCUCAGCUGCUUCUUGAUGUUUAAGAAAGCAAGAAAACACAGUGGCUUUAAACUGUACUGGAUACACUAAAAUCAAAGAUGACAUUUCUACUGUGAUAUGCUCCUGUAAUGUCUGCAUAUAUAGGAGACAAGUUGGAUGUUUGCAUUCUCCUUCAAAGUACAUUGAAUGCAUGUCAGACCACACCUAAACGUGUGGCAGAGCUGUGGUGAUAGAAUUCGUGCUGACAUCUGCCUUCUUUGCUGUGUGAGAAAAUUGUACAUUUUAAAAAUGUGUUUUGUAGCUGCGGAUAUUUUAAAGUCAAGCGAAUCAUGUUCUGUUGAUUGUAAUAAUAAUCAAACCUUUCACUCAUUUUGGCUCAAGUGGCAAAACAAUGAGACAAUGACACUAAAGUAUGAUAUCUCAAAGUGUUGUUAAAAAAAAAUUAAAGAGAGGUAUGCAGACUG